AUAGUGUGUAUUAUUAUUAUUUUUAUGCAGAAUUAGUAAAAAAAAUUAAAAGAAAUAAAUAUCAAACAAAUCCGUAAUAAUAGAUAAAUUCAGUAAUAGCAAUAUAGAUAAAGAUUUAAUAGAGAGUACUCAAAAGAAAUGGGAAAUUUAUGUUCUGAGUCAAGAAGCGUAUCUAAAAUUGAUUAUUAAAAGCCUUCAGUUCAGUACGAAUAGGUCUAUUGCAAGACUACAUUCUCUAUACUUUAAGGAAGCUUCCUCUUCCAUUAAGCAAACAUUUUGGUGAAUGCGCAUUAAGCUCCUUUUACACUAUCACCUAUUAUGAAGUAUGCAAAACUUAGUACAGAUGUCUCAUCAAAAUAAAAUCCUCCAUAAGGAACUGUUGUCCAUACAGAUAAUUCUGGUCAGUUAAAGUAUCCUCAUAUAUUACAUCUAUCUCUACCCUUCUGGCAGAGCUGUGAAGAUGUGACAGAAGUGCAAGCCAAGCUAUAUGAAAUGUAUAAAAAAGUCCUCUAAAAAGCUGAUCAACUAAAGUAAGAAUCUAUUUUAUUUACUGAUCUUACUCUUCCUCCUAUGUAGAUACCUAUUGGUUUGCAUGCUGAAUGCUUGAUUGGUGCUGUCACAGUAUACAUAGAAGAAAAUUAACAUAAGACAGGAUUAAAGCAUAUUAUUUUUAUAAAUCAAGAAAGAAAUAAGAUUCAAAGAUAUACCUAUUAACUAUAAAGUAAAAUGGUAGGAAUGAAUGAAAAUUCUGUUAAAGAUAAAAUUAGAAAAAGUAUAUCUGAUAUUUGUGGAUAUAAUAGUUUAUAGCACCACAAAGUAUAGCUAGCUGACGAAAAAUCACUCCAAGGAAGCUAGGCAACUAAAAACAUGUGUGAUACAGAAGGAAGUACAGUAAAUCACUCCAAGCAUUAAUUAGGUUUAAUAGCUGAAUAAGAUAUUGAAAGGGAAGAUUUAGAGAAUGAAUAUAACAACAAUGUUGAAGAGGAAGAAUAAUAAUAAAAAAAGUUAAUGUAUCAAGAUGAUUUUGGGGCAGAUGAUUUAAUUGAUUCUCGCCACUACAACUAAUUGUAAACUUAACCAAAGUAAUAAUAAUAACAAGAAUGA